AUGGAAGUUUUAAAUCUUGUUUACCAACUAUAUCAGUUGUUUUUUGUACUGGUGCUUACAUUCCAUACAUGCAGGGCGGACCUAAAACAUGGCUACUCAAUGUUACAGUACGGACACAAACUGGAGAGACGGAUGAUAACGUCGUAUGAUAAAUACAGUAUUCUGGAUUGUGUGGAGGAUUGUCUGAGAACAACACGAUGUCGGUCCAUUAACUACUGUCAAGGAGCCCACUUCUGUCAGACCAACUUUGAAAACAGGACAACUGUACCCGAUCUGUAUAUAGAAAAGCCUGGCUGGAUAUACAGCGAUAGAGAAGAUUGGGACAAAAAAAUCACGGGUGCUUGUUCAAAUUCAUCGUGUGAAAUCAAUGAAAAAUUUCAGCUUAAACCCUUUCAACAGUUUACUUGUGUUAUAUCAGACUGCGGAAUUCCAACGGCAGAAUCAUUGUCUAUGAGAGACGUUCGUGAAUGGGACGCUAUCGGGAUAAACAGACGAAUACACAUCACGUGCGCUGACGGAUUUGAACAGCAAGGAUCCGGGAAGUUCGUCUGUCGUCCGGAUGGGGUCUGGAAGUCGGAUUUGACAUGCUCUUUCAAACCUACAUUCCUUGGUUGCUUUAAGGACGACUCUACCCGAGUCCUAGGAGAAAAAUCUUCGACUCUUAAUCCUAAUGGAAAGAUUCAAUGUUGGAGAAAAUGUAAUGCGCUGGGUAGUUACAAGUAUUUUGGAAUGGAGUACAGAUCUGAAUGCUAUUGUGGAAAUCAAAUACGAAAUACAGCUGAACGUUUUCCUGAUGACGAAUGUAAUCUUCUUUGUGCAGGAAACAACGAUGAAACAUGCGGCGGGCCAUGGAGAGUGGAAAUUUAUACCGUAUAA